GCACUCCUUCCUACAUGGUUUGGAUUUGUUCUCACAAAGGCACAAAUUUAAUGAAGGUCAAUUCAAGAAGGCAGAACAACAGUAUAGAAGCGGCGGAGAUGAUUAAAGCUUUCAUGCAUGUGCAUCCUGGAAGUCAAGUCGGUAUCUAUCUUAUUAAAACAGAAACAUUACAACUUCUUCUAGGUGGAUUUUUAAGUUGGACAUCACAUUAUUAUUCUUAGCCUAACCAUACAUUUAAAUAUUUCCUUUAUCGGUUCAAUAUAGUCCAUUUAACUCCAUCAUCUAAUAUCUAUUUAUAUCCACCGUAUCAAACUCCACCAUAAAAAUAUACAUCUGUUAAAAACCCCUCCCUCUAAUGUGAAACGUUAACGUACAUAUAUAUCAAAGUUACACUAUAUAAAAAACCCUAUCUUUACACUCUCACAUUGUCAUACUUAUAUUAUAUCAAAGUUACACUAUAUAAAAAACCCUCUCUUUACACUGGUCCAUAUCACGUUUAGGCAUUGAUUAGUCAUUAUAUUUUAAAAUACUUCAUAGGUUACAAAACUUCAUAUGUUACAAUACUCAUAUGGUCGUAUGAAUUAUAGUUUAAAAUACAGAUAUGGUCGUAUGAAGUUUAACUUCAUAAUGCCUAACAAAAAACUUUUAUAACAAAACCCCGAGUAUAUUUCCAUUUAAAACAGAAGAUAACAAAACCCGAGUAUAUUUUCAUUUAAAACAGAAGAUUUGAUCCCGAGAAUAUUUCCAUUUAAAACAGAAGAUUUGAUUUCAACCGUAUAUUCUUAUUUCAAUAACAGAAACAUCACUUUAUACUUUAUAAAAAACAUUUAUAACAAAACCCCUUCCCCAAGUUGUGCAUAUAUGCCAAAAAUCUCGGAUAUGGAAAACCCCCUUCUCCAAGUUUGUUCUACUAAACCUAAACUCCCGGUUAGAAUAAAAUCUAGAGAUUUUGUAUUUAUUAUAACUAACCUAAUAGGUUAGAGAAUAUUCUUUACCUCCCACUUCAAUGUCUCCAUAAAUACUUCUCUUCUUAUUCAUCAUUCGACAUCCACAAAAAGUUCCCCAAAAGAAAUGUCUAAACCAAGCACAAAAGUUCUAAUCGAUGGUGUGAAACAUGUCAGGCACAAUUGGAAAAUUCUAGUUAAAGUGCUUCACUCUUGGAAACAAACCACAGCUUUUGCAGGCAACACAUUAGAGUUCAUCCUUGCUGAUGAAACUGUACAUAUUGCUUAUAGUUUCUUUUUUAUAACUCUUUUUCUAUUCGUGAUCUAACGUCUAUUUUUGCCUGCUUUCUAGGGUGUGGAGAUAGCAGCAUCGUGCAAAAGGAAUCAGAUUUCUCGCCUUCAACGUGAAUUACCAGUUGGAGAGUGGAAAAUAAUUGAUACGUUUGCAGUUUUGGGUAUUUCUGGAUAGUAUCGCCCAACAACCCAUCGAUACAAGUUGUCUUUUUCAGAAGAAACCAUGAUAACAAAAUGUCAAGUUCUAUCUGAUGAUCACUAUCUUUCUCUAGCAAGUUACGAUGAUCUAAGGAAAAUCGAUGAGAAGAAGAAUUUUUUCCUUAAAGAUGUUAUUGGACAAGUUGUAGAUCUAGAUGGAAUUCAAACUGUUCAAGCUAGGGGGAAAGACGAGCAGAGAGUUCAGUUUCGUUGCGACGCCAGUGGUGAUGAUGUUGCGUGUUGCUUGUGGGGGAGGUUCGCGGAACAACUCGACCAAGUGUUCCAAGAUAACAACAAUGAAAUUGUUAUUUGCUUGAUAAGGUUUGCUAAGAUCACCUUUUUCAGAGGUGAAGUACAAGUCAGCAAUGCUUUUGAUGCUUCAAUCGUGGCUAUAAACCCAAAAUUGGAGGAAGCAAUUGAACUGAAAGAAAAGAUUUUGGCGAAUGAUCUUCCUCUGGCUCUUAUUGAGAAAAGAGAGGAAAAGAAACUUACCAAGAAACAAAAACAAGAUUGGGAUGAGAUUCCUGUUAGAGCAAUUUUUGAGAUAUUGGAAGCUACUGAGGUUGAGAGUUGCAAAAUCAUUUGUUCUAUUGAGUCAAUAGACACUGAUUGGGGUUGGUUCUACUUUGGUUGUAACCGAAACCGACACAACCGACGUGUUACUAAGCAAGUUCCUAAACUUGCUAUUGCUGGUUCUGUAAUGUCAAAUCCCAGCCAGAAACCACUUUUCUAUUGUGACAUAUGUCGUGGGAUUACACCUGAUGUCUCUCCAAAGUACAAACUUCAUUUGUUUGUUAAAGAUGAUAGCGAUUCAUGCAUAGUAAUGAUGCUUGACUCUGUUGCUCAAUCUAUUAUUGGUAGUGCUGCAACUGAACUUUGGGAUGGUUCCUAUGAUGAGAUUGAAGAUCCAACUAUCCUAUCUCAGCCUAUUGAAAGUUUAGUUGGAAAAUCCUUUUGUUUUGGUAUUUCGCUAAGCACUGACAAUGUAAACAAUAGAAACACCAUUUUUAAAGUGUCUGAGGUCUGGUCUGGAGAUAAAAUUCAGAAAAUUGAAUCUCAGACAGAGCCAUGCUCCUUGCUGGACACUUAUUCGUCAACUCUUUCUGGUGGUGAGGUUUCCCUGGUAGAUUCAAACAAAGAAAGUUCAUCUGAAGGUUUUUCAACCCCAUUCUCAAAGCGCAAAGAAGCAGAUGCUGAUCUAUUGGACAUGACAUCUACGUCUAAGAAACCUUGCACUCAGAAGAUCAAGAUGGACAAUACAAAGACUGAAGAGUAGUUGAUGACCUUGAUGAUUUGAUGUCUUUUGAAAUUUGGGAGCUUUUAUUUUUAUCUAUUUUAAUGUUGUAUGCGUGAUUUUCAUUUCAUUGGGUUUUGGAUGGUUUUUUCCCCUAAUUUUUAAAAAUAAAAUUGGUUUUUUCUAUA